AUGAAUUAUUUAUUGUUCUUUGGACUGGUUUUUCUGGUUGCUACCAAUGCGAAUGCAGGAAAUUUGCAAAACGAUGUUGCCGCUGGUAGUAAUAUCCACACUUUUUUGCAACUUAUCUGGGAUUUGUUGAAAAUUUUGGCCCAUACGAUUCAUAUUGAUGAAGAUGCUGGAUUGAAUAUCACCCAGUUCCUUGAAAAAUACAACUACUCUCUGGAACAGCACCAAGUAACCACUGAAGACAAUUACAUUUUAUCGUUACACAGAAUCCCUCAUGGAAGAAACAACACUGGUACCAAAAACAAACCUGUGGUAUUAUUGGUUCAUUGUCUCGCUUGCUCUUCCAUGGACUGGAUCUGGCCUGGACCUAAUAAAGCUUUGGCAUUGCUUUUAGCUGACUUAGGAUAUGAUGUUUGGCUAGCUAACAACAGAGGCAACUCAUACUCAAUGGGUCACAAAACUCUAAUACCCAAAAACGCUUCGUAUUGGGAUUUUAGUUUUUACGAAAAAGGCUACUACGAUAUUCCGGCAAGUAUCGAUCAUAUUCUUAAUGUAACAGGGGUUGAAAAAAUUACUUACAUUGGGCAUUCGCAAGGUGCCACUACCGGCAUUGUACUGACAACUACUAGGCCGGAAUACAACGAUAAAAUCAAUUUGAUGACGCUUCUGAGUCCUGUAGCAUAUUUGGGCAAUGCUACUAGUCCUAUGGCUAAAAUUUUAAGCAAAUAUCAGUCACUUCUAGAUCUAGCAUUACCAUUUUUGGGAAUUCAUGGUAUAGCAUACACUCCAACCAUUGGUGUAUUAGGAAGUCUAUUAUGCAACCAACAAAGUUCGCUUCAACCUUUAUGUAUUGUUUUUAUAGAUUUAUUUGCUGGAUUUGAUGCUGACCAAGUUGAUAAAGAAAAAUUACCAGUAUUUCUUUCAAAUACCCCCAAUGGAGUUUCGAUAAAAGACAUUAAACAUUACGUGCAAGAAAUGGAUUCGGGUCAUUUUAGACGUUUUGAUUAUGGCAAAGUUGCCAAUAUAGUACAUUAUGGCCAAUUGACACCGCCUGCUUUUAAUGUUUCGAAAAUUACCGCUCCUCUUGCUGUGUACUAUGCUAAAAAUGAUUUUAUGGUGUCUUUAAAUGAUGUGACACGUUUUGUUAAUGAGCUGAGCACAUUUCCAAAAGUCUUACACCAAGUAGAAUAUGAUUUUUUCAAUCAUCUUGAUUUCAUUACAGCCAAAGAUGUUAAAAGCUUAUUGUAUGAUAGUCUUAUUGAAACCAUACAAAAAUAUGCCCCUGUUAAUUAA